AGCGCUCACCGUCCCCGCAGCGCUCACCGUCCCCGCAGCGUGGCGCGGGCAAGGCGUCACGCCCACGCUGAGGACGGCGAGGCGGGGAGCACCGCUUCACCCAAAGUAGGCUUUGAGAAGUUCCCUGUUUUAAUCAGUCCUCGUUUUCUAGUCUGGAUAUCUGUUCCUAUCCAUCGCUGUAUUUUCCAAAGGUAGUUUUUGGUGGCAUGAAAAGGAGGGAUUAGAAAUGAGCCAAUGACCACACACAGGUAAGGACAAAAGUUGUAAAUGGACAUUUAGGAUUAAAUGAAGGAAGCUUGAGGAUGCUAGGAAGGUUAGCGUUUCCUAAGCUUUAUGAGAUCUUUGGAAGUAUACAAGUUUAAAUGUGACCUGAUCUUAUUUUUCCCCUACACAGGUGCCCAUGUCUAAAUAACUGAUUCCCUUCUUUUCUCUUUUUCUGUUAGUAUUUCUGCCAAAUGUAAACUUUUGCAAUAAAGUCACACUGUUAACUUGUAGGUUUUAUUCUUCUAUUUUUAUAAAAUACUCUCCAUUUACAUGUAAUGUAAGCACCUUCUGAGAAAAUUUGGGGGGGGGGGGAACAGCCUCCUAUGCAAUAACAAUUUACUGCCAUUUUUGGAAGGGUUACGUGGAAAAUACCCUCUGGAAGGCACCUGUGCUUCCUUGUAGUUACCCCCCCCCAAAGGAUAUUUGCUACAAGUAAAAUCUGAUUAAAAUGAAAACGAUAGUAUUAAAGGGGUGAACAAGUAGCCAACAAGGAAGUGAUACUACAAAGGGCAAUGCUUAAAGCUGGGUAGAAAAAGGAAGGAAACUGCCCUAGCCGCCCCCCCCUUGUGUUCUGGUGCUGAUCAGAAAAAAAUUGCUCAGUUUGUUUUGUAGAUGUUCUAGCUAGCUACAGCCACACACUAGCUUUACCUUUUUACCUGCCAUCUUGGGUGAUUUCACAAAUCUGGAUACCCAGGGAAAGGGGCCUCCCAAAAAUAGAGUCUGGGGCACUCACUCUGAUUUGCUAUUUAAUGGAGAUUGUAUUGCUAACCAUGUUAUUUUAAUAAAUAGUGUUAUUGCUGGGUUUUGGAUUUUUUAAAUGUAUUUUAACUACUUGGUUUCCUCUCUUUAGAUUAACAUUUGGGAGACAGUUUUAUCGUGAUUGAGUCACCCUUGGAGUAAUGUGGACAGAAGUUCUCAACCUUGCAUAUUACAUCAACCGGAACCAGUGGUGUAUCUUAAUGUUCACUUAAAUCAGAACUUGUAUAAGAAAAACAAUGGGAGUCUGGUUAAAUAAAGAUGACAAUGUCAGAGACUUGAAAAGGGUCAUUCUCUGUUUUCUAAUAGUGUAUAUGGCCGUUUCAGUGGACACAGAUCAGGAUUUUUACAGUUUACUUGGAGUAUCCAAAACUGCGAGCAGUAGAGAAAUAAGACAAGCUUUCAAGAAGCUGGCAUUGAAGCUUCAUCCUGAUAAAAACCCGAAUAACCCAAACGCACAUAGUGAUUUUUUAAAAAUAAAUAGAGCAUAUGAAGUACUCAAAGAUGAAGACCUGCGGAAAAAGUAUGACAAAUACGGAGAAAAGGGACUUGAAGAUAAUCAAGGAGGCCAGUAUGAAAGCUGGAAUUAUUAUCGUUAUGAUUUUGGUAUUUAUGAUGAUGAUCCUGAAAUCAUAACAUUGGAUAGAAGAGAAUUUGAUGCUGCUGUCAAUUCUGGAGAACUGUGGUUUGUGAACUUUUACUCUCCAGGAUGUUCACACUGCCAUGAUUUAGCUCCCACAUGGAGAGACUUUGCUAAAGAAGUGGAUGGAUUACUUCGAAUCGGAGCCGUUAACUGUGGUGAUGAUAGAAUGCUUUGCCGAAUGAAAGGAGUAAACAGUUAUCCCAGCCUCUUCAUUUUUAGGUCUGGAAUGGCUGCAGUGAAAUACCAUGGUGACAGAUCAAAGGAGAGUUUAGUGAGUUUCGCCAUGCAGCAUGUCAGAAGCACAGUGACGGAAUUGUGGGCAGGAAAUUUCGUUAACGCCAUACAAACUGCUUUUGCUGCUGGUAUUGGCUGGCUGAUAACUUUUUGCUCCAAAGGAGGAGAUUGUUUGACUUCACAGACACGUCUCAGGCUUAGUGGCAUGUUGGAUGGUCUUGUUAAUGUAGGAUGGAUGGACUGUGACACCCAGGCCAACCUUUGUUUAAGUUUGGAUAUUACAACAAGUACUACUGCCUAUUUUCCUUCAGGAGCCACUCUAGAUGACAAAGAGAAAAGCAAUGUUUUGUUUCUUAAUUCACUGGAUGCUAAAGAAAUAUAUUUGGAAAUAAUGCAUAAUCUUCCAGAUUUUGAACAACUAUCAGCAGACACACUAGAGGAUCGUUUGGCUCAUCACCGGUGGCUCUUAUUUUUUCAUUUUGGAAAAAAUGGAAAUUCAAAUGAUCCUGAGUUGAAGAAACUAAAGGGUCUACUAAAAAAUGAACAUAUUCAAGUUGGCAAGUUUGACUGUUCCUCUGCACCAGACAUCUGUAGCAAUCUCUAUGUCUCUCAGCCAUGUCUAGCAGUUUUUAAAGGACAAGGAACCAAAGAGUAUGAAAUUCAUCAUGGAAAGAAGAUUGUAUAUGAUAUACUUGCCUUUGCCAAAGAAAGUGUUCAUUCUCAUGUCACCACACUGGGACCUCAGAAUUUUCCUGCCAAUGACAAAGAACCAUGGCUUGUUGAUUUUUUUGCCCCUUGGUGUCCACCAUGUCGAGCUUUAUUGCCAGAAUUACGAAAAGCAUCAAAGCAUCUUUAUGGUCAGCUUAAGUUUGGUACACUAGAUUGUACAGUUCAUGAGGGACUCUGUAACAUGUAUAACAUUCAGGCUUAUCCAACAACAGUGGUGUUCAACCAGUCCAACGUCCACGAAUAUGAAGGACAUCACUCUGCCGAACAGAUCUUGGAGUUCAUAGAGGAUCUUAUGCAUCCUUCAGUGAUCUCCCUGUCACCCACCACUUUCAAUGAACUAGUUAAACAAAGAAAACAUGAUGAAGUCUGGAUGGUUGAUUUCUAUUCUCCGUGGUGUCAUCCAUGUCAAGUUUUAAUGCCAGAAUGGAGAAGAAUGGCCCGGGCAUUAACUGGACUGAUCAAUGUGGGCAGCAUAGACUGCCAACAGUUUCAUUCUUUUUGUGCUCAAGAAAAUGUUCAAAGAUACCCUGAGAUAAGAUUUUUCCCCCCAAAAUCAAAUCAAGCUGAUCAAUAUCAUAGUUACAAUGGUUGGAAUAGGGAUGCCUAUUCCCUAAGACUCUGGGGUCUAGGAUUUUUGCCUCAAGCGUCCAUAGAUCUAACACCUCAGACCUUCAAUGAAAAAGUUUUACAAGGGAAAAACCAUUGGGUGGUUGACUUCUAUGCUCCUUGGUGUGGACCUUGCCAAAAUUUUGCUCCAGAGUUUGAGCUCUUGGCUAGGAUGAUAAAAGGAAAAGUGAAAGCUGGAAAAAUGGACUGUCAGGCCAAUGCUCAAACAUGCCAGAAAGCUGGUAUCAGAGCCUAUCCGACUGUUAGAUUUUAUCCCUACAGAGGAGCAAAGAGAAAUAUUUGGGGAGAGCAAAUAGAUUCCAGAGAUGCAAAAGAGAUUUCAACCUUAAUAUAUGAAAAAUUGGAAAAUCUCCAAAAACAUGGAAUGAGAAAUAAGGAUGAACUUUAAUGAUAUUGAAGAUGAAGAAAAAGUUGAAAAGAAAUUCUGACAAAUGACAUCAGAAGACAUCUUUUUAGACUGUUACUACAUUCAUGGUGGGAAUAAGUGAACAUUAUAUUGGACUUGUAAUUGCACUAAAUUCUCUAUAUUGGUAUGAAUGAAGGGCUGCAAGCUUUGUCUAUAAUGGGCCACGUUGUAAAAAUUUAGGUUUUGUAGACCAUAUGCAGUUCUUUGUCAUAUAUGCUUGUUUUGUUUUGUUUACAACCCUUUGAAAAAUGUCAAAACAAUUCUUAGCUGAGGGCCAUCCACAAGUAGAUCACAAGCCACAUUCAAUCCGUGAGCCAUAGAUUGCAGACUGCUGGAAAUGGAAACGAUGCUUGGGCUGACUGGCUCGAACAUGAGCCUGCUCUGCUGGUAUAUACGUACAUGUCUAAGUAGUACAAAGUGAACUUUAUCACUUAAAGUGUUGUGGCUCCCCUGACCAGAGAGAACUUGGUUUUCAGUCACCUGUUCUAAAAAUUCUCCGAAAUUGAUUCUCUAAUCAUAUAUUUCAUUUUAAAAAUACCAUGUGGCAAAAUAAACAGAUACCCUAUUUUCAUGAUAUAUUACAAUGAAAA